CCCGGUUCAGUCGGAAUGGCCGCCCUGCCCUUGGCCCCCCUCAUCUUAAUCUCUGCAACACCUAACUCCAGAUCUAAGUCCUCCCUCAAAGAAACUGUCUGCAAAUCCUGCACCCCUUCUUCCACUGAACUGAACAGAUUGAAGGACGAUGACAGUGGGGACCAUGACCAGAAUGAAGAAAACAGCACACAGAAAGAUGGUGAGAAGGAAAAAACGGAACGGGACAAGGGUCAGGGCAGCAGUAAGAGGAAGGCUGUUGUCCCUGGGCCAGCAGAGCACCCGCUGCAGUACAACUACACCUUCUGGUACUCCAGGAGGACCCCCGGCCGCCCCACCAGCUCCCAGAGCUAUGAACAGAACAUCAAGCAGAUCGGCACCUUCGCCUCCGUGGAGCAGUUCUGGAGGUUUUACAGCCACAUGGUGCGUCCCGGGGACCUGACAGGCCACAGUGACUUCCAUCUCUUCAAAGAAGGAAUUAAACCUAUGUGGGAGGAUGAUGCAAAUAAAAAUGGUGGCAAGUGGAUUAUUCGGCUGCGGAAGGGCUUGGCAUCCCGUUGCUGGGAGAAUCUUAUCCUGGCCAUGCUGGGGGAACAGUUCAUGGUUGGGGAGGAGAUCUGUGGGGCUGUGGUCUCUGUCCGGUUCCAGGAGGACAUUAUUUCAAUAUGGAAUAAGACCGCCAGUGAUCAAGCAACCACAGCCCGAAUCCGGGAUACGCUUCGACGAGUGCUUAACCUACCUCCCAACACCAUUAUGGAGUACAAAACCCACACCGACAGCAUCAAGGCCUGGGAGGAGUUUCAUGGCCUGGUGAACAGCAGCGGCCGCUGAUCGGACGCUCCCCUCUGUCUCUCACACUCAGGGGACAAUUCAAGCUUUCGAAAUACAAAAAUCACAUUGUGAAAGUACACAAGCUGGCAAUAACCCUCUUCUGUGUGUGUGUGUCCGGAAUGGAUGGGAGGUCUCCGGCCGGUCCCUCCGGCCGCUCACUGAAGGGACGCCCCUGAGCCGUGGGCUCCCCUUUUGCACUCAUUCCUGGAGGACAGAUUCCGCUAGACACCCUCCAGCGUCGCCGACUUUAUAAAGCGGAACAACAGAAAACGUGACUUUGUAAUAGACAAACUUUUUUUUUAAACGGGGUUCUGUUGGGGGCGGGGGGCGUUCGGCCCUUGGCUUCGCUGUGUGCUCUCCUCUGCUGUACGAAGGGCGUCGUGACCACGCGUGAAGCCAGAGCUGUGGACUGAGCGUUAGCAGUGUUAUGACUGUGCGUCCAGGAAGAGUCCCAGAACAGCCAUAAGUGCUCUCUUCUGGCUCUGCCAUGAAAUUAUCGGGACAUUUUGUUUAUUUCUCUCCCCUCCUCCCCCAAACCCACCAUUUUCUGAAAAUGUGUUAAUUGA